AUGAUCACGAUGGUGGCCAGUUUCAUUGGAAUGGCCGGGCAGUUCCUUUUGCCAGGUUUGGCAGCUCUCUGCAGAGACUGGCAGAUCCUCCAGGCUGUCAUCAUCUGCCCUUUUAUCUUGAUGCUCUCCUACUGGUACAUCUUUCCGGAGUCUCUGAGAUGGCUGAUGGCUACAAUGCAGUUUGAAGCUUCUAAGAAGCAAAUUCUUCAGAUCCUCCACAGAAACAGAGUGAACACAGAAAGUGACAUUAAAGGAGUGAUGUCAGAAUUGGAGAGAGAGCAAGAGAGAAGACCAAAAAAAGUUUGCAUUGUGAAAGUGGUGGGAACAAGGAAUUUGUGGAAGAAUAUUCUUGUUCUCUGUGUGAAUUCGCUGACUGGAUAUGGGAUACACCACUGUUUUGCCAAAAGUCUCAUGGACCCUGAAGUCAACAUGAACACAAGCAUCAUGCACAACUUCUAUGCCAACUAUUUUGCUAUGGCAGGAAUUACACUUGCAUCAUGCCUGGCAAUGUGCCCCGUUGUUGGAUUUUUAGGAAGAAGAGGAGGGUUGCUUCUAUUCAUGAUCUUAACUGCUCUUGCGUCUCUUCUUCAGCUAGGACUUCUGAAUUUGAUUGGAAAAUAUACUCAACAUCCUGAGACAGGUAAGACAUUAGUUCUUUGUCUAGCUUUGAGUGAAACUGUGAAAAAUAAAUUCUCUAUCGUAUUCUCAAUCAUUGGGAUGUUUUCAUCGCAUGCUGUUGGAAGUUUAAGCGUCUUUUUCUGCUCAGAAAUCACCCCCACAGUAAUCAGAUGUGGCGGCCUUGGACUGGUUCUAGCCAGUGCUGGUUUUGGAAUGUUAACAGCCCCGAUCAUGGAGCUUCAUAAUCAGAAGGGAUACUUCUUACAUCAUGUCAUCUUUGCUUGUUGCACACUGAUCUGUAUAAUUUGCAUUCUUCUGCUGCCUGAGAGUAAGAACCAAAAUCUACCAGAGAACAUCCCUGAUGGAGAGCAUUACACUCGACAGCCUCUCCUACCUCACAAGAAAGGAGAGCAGCCUCUCUUGUUAACAAACUCAGAACUCAAGGACUACUCUGGCCUCCAUGACUCUGCAGCCAUGGGAGAUGGGGUGUCUGAAAACACAACUGUCAACGGGAUCAAGUCAGCAUAG